CCCUCCCUCCUAUAAAAAAAAAGCCGCCCGCCUCGUCUCUCCCCCGCACUCCAUCCAUCGCCUCGCCGCCGUUGCCCGCAACCCCCUGUCGACCCAAUCUCAAUCUCACAUCACCUUCCCCGACGGGACGGGACCCGGCGCCUCGUCCUCUCCACAUCUUACGCCCGCCCGCCCGAGUCUUCUUCGCCGCCAAAAGGAAAAGAUGCUCUACAAAAUCCACUGCCGUGCCCAAAUCCAAGCCCUGCAGGCCCUCUCCGAUGAGCUGGGCCACUCCAAUGACUUAAUGCUUGUGAAUCUUGUCUCUCUGGAGUCGGUGCGCAUAGCGUGCGAGUCGUAUGCACUCCUCCGCCCGCUGAUCAAGGAGUAUGUGUUCUGGGCAUGCCCGGAGCUGGAAAACCUCUCGGUCGUGGCAUGCUUGUUGCUGGAAAUCCAAAUGCUCGAGCAUGAUGUGUUACCCCAGCUCAAGGUUCAGGAAGCCAAGCUGGAACAGGGCGCCCUGGAAGCCCUCCUACUCAUGAAGAACUCAGCAAUUUUGCCCUUAGAUCUGAGGAAGCGCUUUAUGUUAGCCUUGGGCGUAUUGCUUGCCGAGGACGAUCUGGUCUUAGCCCGAGUCAAAAAGCUGAGCAUAAUGCUAAAGGAUACUGCUGAUGAUGUACUCGAAGGUAAUGGUAACAUUGCCUGGCUUGAGGAGCGUCUCCCGUUGCUGGUCCAGCUGGUCACCUAUGUGUUGGAGACCCCGGUUUGUUUCUGUGAUCCUGAUGAGUACUGAUGAGUAGACUUAUCAGCCAGCUCGAGGCUGUUGUGAUGAGUAUUUCAUUUCUUAGUGGCGUGGCAAACAGUUUAGAAUCAACCCUCCUUUUAUGUUUGGAUAUGUGUUCUCUCCGGUUGCUGUAUCAACUCUGGGUGGCUAGUGAUGGAAGCAUGCAAAUGAUAUCUACUUGUCUCAUCUCGCUUGGUCCAUUGGAGUACACAAGUAUAUAUGGUUGAGAUUCUCCUCAAACUGCAGCUUCACAUCUUGAAUGCAUAUCAUGUUAGAUUGUUACUAGUAUUGGGACUGGGUAUUUUUCUAAGCUAUUAAUACUAAACCUAGCUAUCGUGCAAAUGAUUCAAAUCAUCCUGAAAUGAGUACAACCGAUUCUGCUAUAGUCUAACAGAGGUUAUUGGCUUUUUCUUUUUGGUGUUGGACACACACAUAAUUGCUACCAAAUUACUAAUAACUUGACUGACUAAAGAUAUUAAAUUACUUAAUUAGUGAUAUUAAAUUUCUUAACUAGUGACAUUAAACUUGCCUGACUAAAGGUAUCAAAUUUGGCCUGUUUCCUAGUGAAUUAAGGCUAUCAUUUCAGAUAGCGUACCAGACCUUUUGGCACUUUUUGGGACAGCUUCAUUGGUAAACCAGAUUCGCCUCAUCAUAUUUUUCUCAUAUUGACAGUUUCUUUGUAAAGUGAAUUUGCUUGUCUUUUUUUCCAAUCACCCUCGCUGCCUGUUUUUGCUUCUGGGAUUCCUCUGUUAAGGUAUUUGUUUU